GCCAAUUCUGCUCCAGCAGAGAGGAACAAGGUUUUUCCCAAUGGACUCCCUAGCAACAUCAAUAAACCGAUUUGCCCUGGAGUUUAGCAAAAAGUUAGCUGAAUCUGCUGAAGGGAAAAACAUUUUCUUUUCUCCUUGGGGCAUCUCGACUUCCUUGGCGAUGGUAUAUUCAGGUACCAAAGGAGCCACCUCAGCCCAGAUGGCACAGGUGCUUCAGUUUAACAGAGGCAGAGAUCUCAAAUCUGGUCCUGAAAGUGAGAAGAAAAGGAAAAUGGAAUUCAACUCAGGCAAGGUGGACGGCAUACACUCUGACUUCCAGUCGCUUAUUGCAGAAAUCCUCAAGCCUGGCAACUCCUACAUACUUAAAACAGCCAAUAGGGUCUAUGGAGAGAAGACAUACCCAUUUCUCAGUAAAUACUUUGAAGACAUGAAAACGUAUUUUGGUGCAGAGCCACAGUCUGUUAAUUUCAUGGAAGCUCCUGGCCAAAUCAUAAAGGAGAUCAACUCUUGGGUUGAGAAUCAAACCGAGGGUAAAAUUCUGGAUCUUCUGCCUGAUGGCUCUGUGGAUGCCCUGACCCGGAUGGUCCUGGUGAACGCCCUGUACUUCAAAGGAACCUGGGAACAGCCGUUCUCAGCACAGAACACCACAGCAAAGCCUUUCAGGGUAAACAAGACUACAAGCAAACCAGUGCAAAUGAUGUUUCUGAAGGAGAAACUUCCAGUCUUUCACAUUGAGCAGCCGCGAGCCACAGGCCUUCAACUCCACUAUGCCAGCCGUGACCUAAGCCUGCUCGUACUCCUGCCUGAAGAUGUUGAGGGACUGGGACAGCUGGAAGAGGCCAUCACCUAUGAGAAGCUGAAUGAGUGGACCAGCGAAGACAUGAUGGAGCUGUAUGAAGUGCAGCUGCACCUGCCCAAGUUCAGGCUAGAGCAGAGCUACGACCUCAAGUCUGCCCUGAGCAGCCUGGGGAUGAGUGACGUCUUCAGCCAGGGGAAAGCGGAUUUCUCAGGGAUGUCUUCAGAGAGAAACCUUUGUCUGUCCAAUGUGUUCCACAAAGCUUUUGUAGAAAUCAACGAAGAAGGCACAGAGGCUGCGGCUGGCACUGGGAGCGAGGUGAAAUUCCGAAUGAAACUCCCCUCUAUUGAGUACAAUGCGGAUCACCCGUUCAUCUUCCUCAUCAGGCACAACAAAAGCAAGAGCUUCAUCUUCUAUGGAAGGUUCUCCUCCCCCUAGACCCCUCAACCCCUGUGUCUCUCAGCGAAG